AUGGCGCGCACCAAGGAAGACGCAAAGGCUGCCGCAGCGGCCGCCGCCUCCGCCACCGCUGAGCCUCCCCGUCGUGGCCGCGGUCGGCCAAAGGGCAGCGGCAGUGGCGUGAAGAAGGCCUACGUGCCCACCGGCCGCCCGCGCGGUCGCCCUCCCGGCAGCGGCAAGAAGAAGGCGGCGACGGCUACCAAGGCUGCUAAGCCUUCGACUGGCACCGGCCGUCCGCGUGGCCGGCCCCCGGGCAGUGGAAAGAAGACUGCCGCAGCGGAGGCGACGACCAACGGAAACGCGACGCCCACGCCCAAGACGGCGGCUGGACGGCGCGGCGCCGCUCGCAAGUCCGACGCCGACGUGACCGCCUCGACCAGCAAGCGCGGCGCGCGGGGCCGUGGCCGAAAGUCUGCCGGCUCCGCGAGCGAGACGCCCGAGGAGUCGGCCGCCGCCGCUGCGGACGCAGAGGAAGAGACCGCGUCCGACAAGGCCGAGGGUGAGUCCGAUGACGCUCCGGUCGUCGAGCCGUCAAACGAAGAGACGCUGAACGAGAACGCCGCAGAAGGUGACGAGGUCGACGACGACGAGCAAGACGAGAAGAUGGACGUGGAAUCCGGAGAGGUCGGUGCCCAACAACCGCCGUCGCCCUGGAUCGCGGGGAUCAAGAACAUGUUUCGCUGA